AGAGACCUAAAGCCAGUAAAGCCUAAGCCUAAAGUGUUUUUGUAGAUAGAUCUAUAUGGAUCUAAUAUAAUUUGCGAUUGGCUCGUAAUCUUUACUGAGGUUAUUUUUCGACCAAUGGUAGUAAGUGAGUGUUAAGAUUGAUAGCAAUACUUUCAAGAUGGCCACGGGGAGGGGCUCUAUCAAUAGGAAAUUAGAGGACAACAAAAAAGACGUUUUAUGUACACAAAUGCCAGAAUCACACAAUAAUCGUCCUAAAAAUGGCCAUAAAAAUGGAUUACGUAGCAAUGGCAAAAAUGGCUCUCACACCUCUCAGUCCAGGUGGGACGAAGAUUUUUUUGAAUCUUUUGAGGAGACACCUCUUCUAGUAGCCAUUUUGACAUAUUUGGGCUAUGGUCUUCUUGUGGUGAUUGGACAGAUACGGGACCUUAUGAGGGCUUAUGGGAUAGAAAAGGAUAAGAGUUGCACAGAACCAAAGCUUGAGGGUUUUGUCCCCCUGUAUCAGAGCUGGGAAAGCUUUUACACACGAAAUGUUUACAGGCGAAUUCGGGACUGUUGGAACCGCGUGGUUGGCAGUAAGCCUGGCACGCGGAUCACAAUCUUGGAUCGAGACUCAUGCGACUAUGGAUGGACGUUUGAAUUGACUGGCAAAAAAUUAAAUGUCAUGAAUUUUGGAUCUUACAAUUAUUUGGGUUUUGCUGAGAACUCUGGACCUUGCUGUGAUCAAGUUCAGGCAGUUACAGAGAAAUAUGGAGUGGGUGUGUGUGCCAGCAGACAGGAGAUGGGUUACAUGGAUAUUCACCGAGAACUUGACUUGCUUGUGGCAGAGUUUUUGGGUGUAGAAGCAGCUAUUACCGUUCCUAUGGGCUUUGCCACCAACUCGAUGAAUAUGCCAGCCCUUGUUAGUAAGGGCAGUCUUAUACUUAGUGAUGAGUUGAAUCAUGCUUCACUGGUUCUGGGGUCAAGGUUAUCUGGUGCUCUCAUUCGUACAUACAAACAUAAUGACAUGGAUGAUCUUGAAAUGAAACUGAGGGAUGCCGUGUGUAAUGGUCAGCCUAGGACUCACAGACCAUGGAAGAAAAUUUUAAUAGUUGUGGAGGGUGUGUACAGUAUGGAAGGCUCUAUUAUUCGACUGCCUGAUGUUUUGAGACUUAAAAAGAAAUACAAAGCCUACGUCUACUUGGAUGAAGCACACAGUAUCGGGGCCAUGGGGCCACACGGGAGGGGAGUGGUGGAUUAUUUUGGCCUGGACCCCAGAGAUAUAGAUAUCAUGAUGGGAACAUUCACCAAAAGUUUUGGAUCUGCUGGAGGCUACAUUGGGGGUUCAAAGAGUCUGAUCAAUCAUCUACGUACUCAAGCUCACAGUUUCAUCUAUUCAACAUCCAUGUCACCACCAGUAGCACAGCAAGUGAUCAGUGUCAUGAAAGUGAUCAUGGGUAAAGAUGGAACUAAUCAAGGCAUGAAGCACAUUAGACAGCUUGCUUGGAACACCAGAUACUUCAGAAAGCGACUUCAAGACCGAGGCUACAUUAUUUAUGGCAACAAAGACUCACCAGUUGUGCCACUUUUGUUAUAUAUGCCUUCCAAAGUAGCAAUGUUCAGUAGAGAAACAUUGAAGCGUGGUAUGGCCACUGUGGUGGUUGGGUUCCCAGCUACUCCUCUUAUUGAGACCAGGGCCAGAUUUUGUCUAUCAGCUGCACACACCAAGGAAAUGUUAGAUGAGGCUUUGAAAAUCAUAGAUGAUGUUGGUGACUUGCUCAGACUCAGAUAUUCAAGCCUGAAGCCUCCUGAUUUUUCGGAGAAGGAUAUCCAACUUAUUGAGUAAAUGCCACUUUGCACUGCACUAUAUCAACAGAAAGUAACUGGAGUACAACAAACUUAGGAGAUGCUCAUGAGAUGGGGCCACAACAUUUUUUUUAAACCUGGUUUUUUGGAUCUGUCUUUUAUUCAUUAAAUAAUUAUUUAUUUUUACUAAACAUUUAUAUCACUUGGUUGCUCUAAACAAAAAUGCCAAUUACAAACUAGAAUAAAAGAGUUAACACAAUUUUUUUAGAUGUACAUAUAAGUAAAAGUUUAGUCAGCAAACUCCUGAGAUCUGCUCAACUUGUAUUAUGUGAGGAUAUAAAGAUGUAUAUAAUUUAUUCUCUAAUUUUUUAAAAUCAUUCCCUUUGUAAAACCCAUUGAUCAUAGUGAUACUAUUUAUUUCAUUGGAACAAAAGAAAAUAUUUUUUUUUACUGUAAACAAUUGAAUCUAGUGGACCAUCAUGCAGGGAAUCAAACUGUCAAGUAGAUUGUCCUUUGAUUGAUUUCUUUUUUACUCUGACACAGUUUGUACAGUAUUGAUAUAUUGAUGAUAACCUUGUACACAAUAUAAUAACACUGUGAUUUAAUGCUUAUAAAGAUAUUCAAACUAUAUAACAAAAAAUAUUUUGGGGCUUUUUAAAAUAUUUUUUUAUGGCAUACAUAGGAAUUUUUUUUUAAAAGUAGAAAAAUUAUAUUUACUUAUAGAUUGUCUAUAAAAAUAUUUUGUAUAUGAUUGCAACUAUGUAUGUAGAGAUAUUUAUGUCAGGUUAUAACUAUAAUUGUCAAAUCAAAAUAAUGGCUUGGUGAAACUCACCAUCCUUACAUUGAGAGCUGAGGGGGAGUGUUUAGUCAUUUUCAGUGACAUAGUCAUUCCUGGUUUGCCACCAAUAGUAAAAGAAUUUAAAACAAAACAACAACAGAGGUUUUACUACUGGUGUUCUUUAGUUAACUCUGCUUAUCAAAGUAACAUAAUCAUCUUGAAACAACUCUUUAUUGUUGUCUCUAGUGAUUAUGUAUGAAAAACAAAAAGUUACCAAGAGAGAGAACUCUCAAUUGCUUUUGCUGCUUUCCUUCACAUUCUGUGUGAAACCUAAAUGCACUAGCCUAUAUAUGUACGCAAUUGUGCCUGUGUAAUUUAAAGAGACCUGUUGAUAAAAAUUGUGUUACUGGACUGAAUGUUCAAAAUGUAUCAGGCAGCUGCGUACCUCUCCCCCCCAACUCACCAUUUCAAUGCUCCUGACUCACACAGAUUUAACUUGUGUUAUCUAUGAUAUGCUUAUAUUUAGAUGUGUACAUGUAUCUAUUAUAUAAACUAGCUGUCAUUGUGUGUAGAACAUUACUUUUUUAUAACAAAAUACAAUCCUAUGAACUGGAGGUUAUGAACAAUAUGAUCAUGAAAAACCAGCUUGCAGAUUCAAUUCAAUCCUAUUUUUUUUUUGUAUAAAUUAUUUUUUUUUUCAAUUUAAAAUGAAAAUGUUGCUGGACGUAUUGCAGUAUUUCUUUUUUCUCAACAUUUUUUUUUCUUUAUUCAAAUGUUUUUUUCUUUUUUUUUUUUAUGCCAUUUAGGAGAAAGAUGGAUCUGGAAGUUUUCUACACUGUUUUGGUUUAUACAGGGACAUUAGGGAGACUUGAACAUUCACAGCAAUAGCUAAAAAUGUGUAGUUUCUAGAAUGUCUGUCUUAUUGGGUACCUAUCUAGAUCUUUUUUUGGGGGGAUCUAUUGAUUUUUUUUUAAACUCAGAAAAUGGCUCACUAAUUAAUUUUUUUUUACUGAAUAGUUUUUCUUAAUAUAAUAUUCAAAAAAAAACUUUAUCAUUUUGUUUAAAUACAUAAAUAUUUCUUUCACUUCUGCUUCCCAUUUUUUGUUGAGCUUAAGGAAAAUAUAUUUAAAAGUGGCUCUUCAGUUGAACUGCAAACUUACUUUCCCUUUGUUUAACUUCCAGUGAAGUCUUUCUCCAGAUGACGUUCUGGGAGCAGUCGCCCAGAGACUGAUGAUAUGGCAACAUUUCAAAUAGACGUGUACCUCAUACAAGGUUUGUUGAGAUCACUUUGAUGAACUGUGAAUCCUUCAGAGUCUUUGUUUUUAUCACAUUGUUUUUAUAAGGCUAACUAUGCAUUCAUUGGCUUUGUACAACUUUUGAGGUGCUUCUUUCACUAUUAUUGUACCAUGUGGCAAAGUGGAUACAACUUUUAAAACAAAUUGCUAGCUUAAGUCACGUGAUGGGUUGAAAAUAAUGUGUAUAAUAAACAUUAUGGAACAGUGAGUUCUUGUAUUUUCUGACCUCUGACCUUUCAUUGUCCAUUGCUGAACAAUUUAGACAUCAAAAUAAAAAAAAAAGAAUGAGAUUACUUAUAUAAUGAUUUUUGAAAAUUAUUUUUGUUUUACAAAAAGCUCAAAAUCUCAUCAAGAAAUUUGAUUUUUAUUUUGAAACAAUUUGUACUUUUUAUAACAUGAUGAAUGAAAUUUUGAUUGAUGUGUCUGUUCCAUGUGAUUGGUGGAAACUUGAAUAAACAGAUGCUUGUUUCUUAUUGGA